AUGGAAUCAAAUGAAGCUUUGAAUGCACUACCUUAUACUUCAUCCGCACUAGACCUUAAAGGUAAAAAUAGUAGCAUACAGUCUCUUGGUUUGAUUUCUAACUGUUCGCAAAGUCAGCAAAGAGCUGCUAGAACAAGCAGGCUGAACAUCAUCAACCAGAAGAGGAAAUUUAGUGAACCAACAGAUGCACCGGAACAAGUACAGCGUCUAUUCUAUGAUAGUACCCCGGUAGAUAAAACCGGCAAUGCUAGAAAUUCAACAUCGUUCACAUCCUUGCUUCAAUCAGUUAUUACACAGAGUACACAAUGUACUAAUUUUUCUUCCGAAAUUAAUAAUGGAUUUAUCACGGGUUCUAAUAGUGAAAUUGGAAAUCCCGUAAAUCCUGUUAUCUCAUCAGUUGAAUCAGAUUCAGAAGAAAGCGGUGAUGGUUUCUGGGAGGAAGAUACAUGCAACGCUGAAAAUGUGUAUCAUGACUACUCUGAUACUGACACUGAUGAUGAUAAUGUAUUUCGCAGAGCCAAGUAUCAGCGAGUUUCAAACGAGAAAGAUAUAGCUAGAAAUCGAGCAAACAAUUUUGAUUCAUCAAAUCAGAAAAGUAAAAACGGAGAGUGUUCGUCCUCCUUAGUUCCUAUUGAAGAAGGCUAUAAAGAUGACGGAGAUAUUGUAAACGAAUGUCCUAAAUGUGGAGCACUAUUUUGGUAUAAUGAGCGGAUACUUAAGAAUAGGAAAGCAAAAAGUCCUAUUUUCACUAUGUGCUGUUUGCAAGGAAAAAUCAAACUUCCAAUUAGUAAGGAACCUCCACCAUUACUUCAAAGUCUUCUCACUAAUGAUGAUGUUAUCAGUAAGCAUUUCCGUGAUAAUAUUCGAGCAAUGAACAUGAUGUUCUCAUUUACCUCACUUGGAGGAAAGAUUGAUAAUUCGAUCAACCAAAGUAGAGGUCCCAAGGUUUUUAAACUACAUGGGGAGAAUUAUCAUUUGAUUGGAAGUGUGAAACCAAAGGCAGACGAAUCUGCAAAGUUCUCCCAGUUGUAUAUACAUGAUACCGAAAAUGAGGUUCAGAAUAGGAUAGCAGCAUUAAGUGGGAAUUCUGAGAGAAGCAAAAUCAGAGCUGAUUUGGUUCAGUCUAUUAUGGAAAUGCUAAGGGAGUGCAACGUACAUGUGCAGACAUUCCGGAAUUAUAUGGAUAGAUUCAACGCUGAAGAUGAAACCGAAGAAUUGUCUCUGGUUUUAAUCCACACUCGAGAAAAGGAUGGACGAGUUUACAAUCUCCCAACUUCUUCUGAGGUUGCAGGGUUGCUUGUGGGAGAUUUUACUAUAGAUAUGGAUAAAAGGGAUAUUAUUUUGGAAAAGUGUUCUGGAAAGCUGAAAAGGAUCAAUGAGUUGCAUCCUUGCUAUUUGCCACUUCAAUAUCCUCUUAUAUUUCCUUAUGGAGAGGAUGGCUUUCGAUUAGAGGUACUUCUUCUUUCUAGGCGUUUACUUCAGCAGUUUCUGGUUGAUGCUUAUACAAUGAUUGAAAGUCAUCGUUUGCGCUAUAUUCGAAAGAAUCAGGGAAAUUUAAGGUCGUUGAAUUAUAGUAAGUUUGUUGCUGCUUCCAAUGAAGGUUGUUCUUCCCUCCCUAUUGAGGGAAAUCGAGUUAUCAUACCUUCAUCUUUCACAGGAGGUCCUAGAUAUAUGCAUGAGAUGUAUUUGGAUUCUGUGUACACUAUAGAGUUCCAGAAAAGAGGUCUUCCGCAUGCCCACAUUUUACUAUUCAUGGAUCCGUCCGCAAAAAUGCCAAAUGCCGAUGAUAUUGAUCGGAUCAUAUCAGCCGAAAUUCCUAAUAUAAAUGAAGAACCUAGACUAUACGAGGCUGUAAGGGAAACAAUGAUUCAUGGUCCAUGUGGUGUUGUCAACAAGGAGUCACCAUGUAUGCAAGAUGGGCGUUGCACGAAAUUUUUUCCUCGGAAGAUUGUUGAGAAAACAACGGUUGAUUCAAAAGGAUAUCCCAUUUACCGUAGAAGAGAAGGAGGUUCAACUGUUGAGAAAAAAGGAAUACAAUUGGAUAAUAGGUUUGUUGUCCCUUAUAACAAAAAACUUCUUCUUGCUUAUAAUGCACAUAUCAAUGUUGAGUGGUGUAACCAAGCCCGAUCGAUUAAAUACUUAUUUAAGUAUAUCCACAAAGGCCAAGACUGCAUUACAGCAACAAUUACCCAAAAAACUACGAAGGAACCAGAUAGAGCAGAGCUGAAUGAGCAUAGCGGAAAUCCAGUUACAAAUGCGAAUGAUGGUGGAAGAGAUUUAGGUGAUAACACUUCUGGAGGAGCAGAGGAGCCACAAGUGGACGAAAUAAAGAAUUAUUUUGAUGCGAGAUACAUCUCUGCUUGCGAGUCGACGUGGAGAAUCUUCGCUUUCCCAACUCAUUUCCGAACUACUCCGGUUGAGAAAUUGACGUUUCAUCUUGAAGGAGAGCAGCCAGUUAUUUACAGAGAAGGUGAUACUGUGGAAACUGUUAUGGCUCGCAUGAGUGUAACAAAGACUAUGUUUUUAGCUUGGUUCGUUUGCUGUGAAGAAUAUCCUGAAGCAAGAUUAUUGACUUAUCCCGAAAUGCCCACGAGAUUCCGAUAUGAUUCGAAGAACCAAGUUUGGAAGAAACGGAAAAAAGGAUUUGCAAUUGGGAGGUUGCAGCAUGUUUCUAUAAGUAGUGGUCCAUCGUAUUAUUUGAGGGUUUUGAUUAAUAAGGUCAGGGGGCCACGGUGUUAUGCUGAUAUCAAGACAGUUGAUGGAGUCGUUCAACCGAGUUAUGAAGCUGCGUGUUAUAAGUUGGGUUUGUUAGAUGACGACAAAGAAUAUAUUGAAGGACUGAAAGAAUGUAGCUAUUGGGCAUCAGAAAGCUUAUCUUCGCCUCCAUCGGUUUGGGAAGCAACAAAAGACAUUCUAUCAGAAGAUAUUCUGUACCUUGAGCGAGUAAAGCGUGGAAAUCAAAAUCUGACGUUAAAUGAAGAACAAAUUUUGAAUUGUACUUUGGUUCUUAUUGACAAGAUAUUACGAAGUAAGAAUAGUUGUUUGAGUAAAUGGAAGACAAUGCCGCAACCUGUCGAUAACGAUCAAUCAAUAUCGAAUAACCAACUCUUACAAGAUGAGUUGAGUUAUCCCCAGGACGAGUUACGGGAGCGACAUCAAGAAUGGUUUCCACAGUUGACAGAUGAACAACGGGCUGUGUACGAUCAGAUAAUAGGUUCUGUCGAUAGUGGAGGAGGUGGAGUUUUUUUUGUCUAUGGCUUUGGUGGGACAGGGAAAACAUUUUUGUGGAAUAUUCUGUCAGCUGCUAUUCGUUCAAGAGGUGAUGUAGUACUUAAUGUUGCAUCGAGCGGAAUUGCCGCUUUAUUGCUUCCUGGUGGAAGGACUGCUCACUCCCGAUUCAGCAUUCCCAUUAAUCCUGAUGAAUUCUCUACUUGCAAGAUACAACCUGGUAGUGAUCAAGCUGAAUUAAUAGCAAAAGCUUCUCUUAUUAUUUGGGAUGAAGCACCAAUGAUGAGUAAGCAUUGUUUCGAAGCUCUAGAUCGCAGUAUGUGUGAUAUUAUGAAGACUACCGACAACAGACCAUUUGGUGGAAAAGUUGUUGUGUUUGGUGGUGAUUUUAGACAAAUCUUGCCAGUUAUUCCAAGAGGCAACCGAGCCGAUGUAGUAAUGGCUGCUCUUAAUUCAUCCUAUUUGUGGAAGUACUGCAAAGUUUUGGAGCUAACGAAAAAUAUGCGAUUAUUUUCAGAGCCAAAUAGUCGUGAGGUCGAGGAAAUUAGGGAAUUUUCCCAAUGGAUACUGAAGUUAGGUGAAGGGAAAAUUAAUGAGCCAAACAGUGGAGAAACAAUGAUUGACAUACCCAAGGAUUUAUUGUUGACUCCUUCCACUGAUCCUAUUGAAUGUAUUGUUUCUGAAGUUUAUGGUAACACUUUCAAAGACUCGAAGGAUCCGCUUUUUUUUCAGGAAAGAGCUAUAUUGUGUCCUACUAAUGAAGAUGUUGACAUGAUUAACAACUACAUGCUUGAUCACUUAACAGGUGAGGAAAAAGUUUAUCUAAGCUCAGAUAGUAUUGACCCAGCAGAUACAAAAUCAAAAGAUGAAUCGAUCUUCACGCCCGAGUUACUAAAUAGUAUUAAAGCAUCAGGGUUACCUAAUCAUUCUAUAAGGCUGAGGAUUGGAACACCAGUUAUGUUGAUAAGAAAUAUUGACCCUAAUGAAGGCUUGUGCAACGGGACAAGGUUGCAGAUUAUGCAAAUGGCUCCUCACAUUGUUGAAGCAAAGGUUAUCACAGGAACCAGAAUUGGUGAAAAAGUCUUUCUUCAUCGUAUGCUGAUCACACCAACAGAUUCCAAGAUUCCUUUCAAGAUGAGGCGUAGGCAAUUUCCGUUUAAAGUGGCGUUUGCAAUGACGAUAAAUAAAAGCCAAGGUCAGACACUUGCAAAGGUGGGGUUGUAUCUACCUAGACCUGUUUUCUCACAUGGACAAUUGUAUGUGGCUGUUUCCCGAGUAAAAUCAAGGAAAGGAUUAAAGAUACUUAUUACUAACAAGGAGGGAAAACCAGAGACUUCAACGAUGAAUGUUGUCUACAAGGAUAUUUUCCAGAAUCUAUUUGAUUGA